AUGCUGUCAGGCAUACUGCCCCUCGAUGAGAACAUAGAGAGCAGCGCUGCUUUCCUUUUCCACUUGUGCCUUUCAGGUGAACGGCAGACACUGACCGACAAGAACAAAACCGACCCGGGAAACUGUGGCAAAAGCCUCGAUCCUGUGUAUCAAUCCGAGUACCGAAUAUGUCUUCCUCUGACAGUUGCAGAAUAUCGCAUCGCCCAGUUGUAUAUGAUACAGAAAAAGUCACGCGAGGAAAGCACAGGCCGCGGCAGUGGUGUGGAAAUAAUUAAGAACGAGCCCUAUGAGGAUGGACCCGGAGGCAAGGGUCAAUACACAUUCAAGGUUUAUCAUGUUGGAAGUCAUCUGCCAGCUUGGCUACGUAGCAUCCUGCCUCCAUCGGCGCUGCGCGUAGAAGAAGAAGCCUGGAACGCCUAUCCAUACACUCGGACAAUCUACAAGGUCCCAUUUGUCGAUAAGCUCACUUUGGAUAUCGAAACGCUCUAUUUCGACGAUGCUGGUCAGCAAGAUAAUGUGUUCAAGUUGUCAACCGAUGAGCUGAACUCGCGAAUUGUUGAUUACAUAGAUAUUGUGCAAGACGCGAUAUCCAAAUCCGAGUAUAAAAUUGAAGAGGAUCCGACUGUGUUUGUUUCAAAAGCCACCGGGAGAGGUCCUUUGUCCACAAAUUGGCGUCAAGAAUUCGACCAUGCGCAACGGAUCACUCACGAAAACCACGUGAACUCUCCCACUCGUACACCGGACAAUCAACAAGUCAACGGUCCCCUGUCCCCUCUCCCUAAACGUAUCAUGUGUGCCUACAAGCUGUGUCGGGUGGAAUUCCGUUAUUGGGGCAUGCAAAGUAGGGUGGAACAAUUUAUUCAAGAUAGCGCCUUACGGAAAACAAUGGUCCGCGCUCACCGUCAAGUCUGGACGUGGCAAGAUGAAUGGUACGGUCUGACUAUUGAGGAAAUCCGAAGACUGGAGGCAGAAACUGCGAAAGCAUUGGCGAGCAGAAUGGCUGGAUCCAAGGGCUCAGUGACUGAAGAAACUGCAGUGGGCGAGGACAUGCCUGUCGUUCAAUCGAUCGCCCCAUGCGGUGCAAGAAACAGCGCGUCCGAACCGCUCUUCGGAACUGCCAUGAAUUCAGCGGAGUGUUGCGCUUCAAGUGCCCCGUCGCUCAAGCCAGAAGAUGACAGUGAAGGGCUCAAUUUGUGGAAUACUUUGAAGCAGUUGGAAGACACUGAUAGAGAAGCGGACCUGUGUGAGUUUGACGACGACACACUCUCAUUUGUCUCUUGUCGGAGUCACGUGACUGGACAGACUUCUUGUUACCUGUCUGCAACCGCGUCUGCUGUGGACGGGUUGAAUACUUUGGAUGGCGCCGAAGACUUGAACUUUCCCUUGGCCCAUUACUCGACAAACAACUCGAAUAUGUCCGGAAAUGAGGAGAAAUUGGCGCUGGUUAUGGUCGUCCAUGGUGGUUGUCUUUUGGACACUGGAAAUGACUUAGCAACCAAGCGUUCGGAUGCGAACACAUUCCGGCAAACAUUGGAAACCAUUAUUGCCAACCAUUACAUAGUACUUCGAAACCGAAUCGCCGUUUGUCUAGUCCCUUGUCCAUCUGGAUUAGCCGAAAUAUUUCAGACAAUCGCUCGACUAAAGACUUUCCCGAUGGACCCAAAAAUACCAAUAGAAGUCCAGUUGGCGCAUGACGUAAUGCCCUUGGGCAGCGUCCCUCUUUUUCUCACAAAUUCUCCCAACUACUCUCAACUGUUGCACGAACUAGCUUGUCGUCUGAACACGCACUAUGCAGAGUUCUUACGUUCUCCGGAAGGUGUCGGCUUUAAUGGUUGCGUGUACCUCGUGGCAGACAGUGUUGGCGGUGUGCUGACACAUGAUCUACUGAACGUGGUCGCUUGUCGCUCGAGUGGUAUUCCCAGUUUUGUCGAUGGGGAUGGCGUAAGCUUGACGGAUGUGGGAGCUCGUCGAUGGCGUGAGCCGUUUCCUGUAGUCUCGAACGGUCGCGAAGGUGACAAUAACAGUUUGGAAACAAUUUCUGUUGGGUCAUCGGCGGCGGACAAAAAGUGUUUAAACCCUACAGUACCGGCCAACGCCCCUCCCCUACUUGACUUUCAUGUUCAAACUUUCGUCAUGCUCGGAUCCCCGGUGGGUCUUCUACUGGCCUUCCGGCAACAGUCACUAAAGGAUGGAACUAGAACUAUGAUAGAGGACGCACAUUCAGAUUAUCUGGUAGCUGCCGACCAAGUCUACAAUUUUUUCUAUCCUACUGAUCCCUGCGGCUUCCGUGUGGAACCACUUUUGCAUCCUCGUUUUGAACAGAUUGCUCCAGUACAAACACCUCAGUACGCGCACUACCCGCUGGGCGAUAGUCAACCGAUCAGCCUUGUUGAAACGUUAGUUCGACAGUCAAGGUUGUUUACUCCCAUCGAUUCCGACGCGGACGGUAACGUUACAAGCACCAUCGCCAAUCGGACGGAACGUAGUUGGGAAAAGGCAACAAUGAUUGCAUUUGAAGCGUUGAAAGAAGUUCGUCAACAGUGGUGGGGUCAGCAAAGAGUGGAUUACAGUCUGCACUGUCCCCAGGCCGUUCAAAGUCUCCUGGCUCGAGCACGACCACCGAUUUUUCACGCCAGCUACUGGGAGUCCAAAGAUGUUGUCUCAUUCGUGUUACGACAAGUUCUCGGAACACUUGGUUUGUGUCUCCCUGAGACAUCCUACUCUUUGGAAUUGGAAGAUGAGAUUCCGCUGACCAAUGUAGCUGCUCACCUGUCAUCUGCCCAAGUACAGCUAAGCAGGCACCAAUCCGCAGCCGAGACAGAUGUUUCGGUGAUGAGCAGUUGGUGGAACCAUCACUUCGGUACGAGGUCAGGCGACACAGAUACCAUUGGACCUCGUUCCAAAGUGAAACGGUUGAGAGGGUCAGAAGCGACAAAGCAUACUUGCAUCCCAGCCAAUCUGAGUGUAAAAUCCAAUCACCGCGCAAAUGAUGUCGUCGUCUUGGAAGGUCAACCACAAAUAAUAACUGCCCGGUUUGUGUUUGGACUAUUGGAUCUGCUCUCAAUGUCGAACGAAAAAAUCUCUAUUCAAAUCCGUUCGUACGGCGGAUCUUGGACAUCCAUCGGUACAGAGGUCACAGACUCUUCUGGUCGAAUUCGGUUCCGCGUGCCCGAUCAGCGCCUCUUCGGCAUCGGUCUACAUCCCAUUCUUCUCACUCCGGAAUCGGAUCCGGACCAUCCUGUACACCUGACUUUAGCUGUGCUGCCUCCAAAAACGGAAGCAGUUGUUUUCAGCGUAGACGGCAGCUUUGCGGCGAGUAUUUCAAUUAUGGGGAAAGAUCCGAAAAUACGUCCAGGUUCGAUUGACGUUGCGCGACACUGGCAAAGUCUUGGUUACCUUCUCAUAUACCUGUCCGCGCGUCCAGACAUGCAACAACGCCGUGUUACCAGUUGGUUGAUGAGUCACAAUUUUCCUCAGGGGAUUUCCCUUUUUGUCGAGGGAAUUUCAACCGACCCACUGAGGCAGAAAGCUCAGCUAUUGAAAACAGUUUGUGACCACGCCCAGUUAAAGAUCCACUGUGCAUAUGGUUCUGGAAAAGACGUCAAUCUAUAUCGGUCUCUAGGAGUCGCACCUCAGAACAUUUUUGUUGUCGGUCGUGCUUCGCGGGGUCAAGCACACUACUCUACGCUCUUGACCUCUGGUUACACAGCUCAUUUGGCCGCCCUGCUAUCCGGUCACCCUGCAUCCCGACAAGCAUCCAGCUGCAUCAGCAUUUCGCCGCACUUUCUAACCUAUGAGUUAUCCACCCCUGCCAGCACCGUUCGCACAUGUCCAGCGCAACCAGUCGUUCCUUCACGGUCUCCGUUGAAUUCCGGGAAGCGUUUCUCAUUCAGCUCGGGUACAACCUAGCUUGCUUUAAGAUCCCACAUACACGCCGUGUACAGCUUGUCAAACUCCUCUUCCGUCGUUGUAAGCCUGCACGCUCCGCGCUAGAGCAUUUCAUUCCAAUUUUAUACCGAAAGAUUCCAUUCGAUUCGCUGUCCUAUCCGUUCUAUUUUCAGGUCCUGCCGUACCUGCGAUUAUUUCACACACACACAUUUAUUUACGUACAUUUUUUGACUAAAUCCAGUCGCCACAUGCCCUCUCUUCCAACUGUCACGUCACAUUCUCUCGUCAUUCUAUGUGUAAUUCCUACAAAUCUCCGCGUCUAUCUCACCGCCCAUAUCACCAACGCAAACGACAGCCAUGCUCAGUUGUCUUCCACCUUUGAGCAUUUGUGAUGAUUGGUUAGUGUUCAUUUUCUUUGCUGGAUUUCAUCUUCUGUGAUUCAUAAUGUAAUGACUUGCGUAUGCAUUUGCCUACAGAUAGUUGUCGUCGUUGUUACAGUCCAGCUGUCAGCCCAGCUAUAUUUCUGUCCGCUCGUCCAACGUCCUGGAAAUUAUCCCUCUGUUCCCGUAGACUACUAUCAUCUGAGCAAAUAUAGAUGGCUGUGAAGUCUUGUCUCUCACCAG